ACAGCUCCCCUGCCGGCCAGACCUGCGUGUGUGUGCCUCACCUCACCUCGCCUCCACCUGGCCGCCACCCUCACUCCUCCAGCAGACUCCGCCACGCCUGACACGCCCUCCUGCCCGCUCCCUUCGUCACCAGUCCUCACACUCUUGGUCGCUUCAUCUGCCUCCGACGCCGCUGCCUCCUUCGGCCGCGCACUCCUACUCAGUCAGGAUGCGGUCUGCUGUCCUUGCUGUGCUGGUCCUGCUGGCUGUCUGCUGGUCUCCCGCAGCAGGCAGGGGCCACAUCUUUAGCAACACCCGUUUCCGCCCUGAGGCAGGACCCAACUGGGGCUAUGGCGGUAUGGGUCAGCACUACCAGGCCGAGCGCUUAAUGUCGCCUCGGGAGCAGCUGCUGGAGGCUCUGCUAGGAGGCGAGGAGCUGCUUGAGGAACAGCUGUGCGAGGGACGCCGCUGUACCGCCAACGAGCAGUGCUGUGCCGGCCAUCUGUGUGUUGAGUUCGAUGGAGCCUCCGGGACCUGCAUGUCUGCCGCCGACCAUCGUGAGGGAUCGGAGUGCGUCGGCGACUCGGAGUGCAGCGCCGGAAUGUACUGCGAUCUGGGCGCCUGCGUUCCUUUCCAGGGCAAGAAGCGCUACAACGAGCCGUGCACGCUGAGCUCCGAGUGUGAGAUCGAACGCGGACUUUGCUGCCAGCUGGUCCGACGCCACCGCCAGGCACCCAAAACACUGUGUGGGUACUUCAAGGACCCCAUGAUCUGUCUGGGCCACGUCAACACGCAGCAGGUCCAACACGUGGUUCAACAUACGAUGGGAGAGAAGAGGUUAACCGGGAGGAACUACGAGUAUAUUAUUGUGUGAGCUGAAGACACGAGAACAAAGAAAACGAGAUGCCGAACGACAACCACCAAGAAUUCUGAAGCGUCAUCCCUGGGGCCUAAAAUGAGAGAGAGAGAGAGAGAGAGAGAGAGAGAGAGAGAGAGAGAGAGAGAGAGAGAGAGAGAGAGAGAGAGAGAGAGAGAGAGAGAGAGAGAGAGAGAGAGAGAGAAAGUGUACCACAAUGAUUAUGAGUGACAAAUUAGAUAAAAUAGAUAUAUAUACCAGUAAUGUUAUUUUUUUUUUACAGUAUUCAUUUUGUUUUGAUAAGUCAUAGGACCGUCUAUCUUCUUCACUUAACUAAUUUUUUUCUCUCUCUCUCUCUCUCUCUCUCUCUCUCUCUCUCUCUCUCUCUCUCUCUCUCUCUCUCUCUCUGAACAAUGUGAUUCGUCCAUGCAUCAGUUUUCUCCUAUGUCUAGAGUUACUUAUUGAAUUGGCAAACUUGACUUUCAUUAAAAAAAAAAAAUUACAACCCUUUUUAUUGCACGUUGUUUUAAGGUAAAUUAUUCAAGUAUGCAUAUUCAUUCAGCUCCAUUGAUGUUACUAUUCCUUCAACUACUACUACUGCUACUACUACUACUACUGUUACUACUACUACUUCUACCAUCACUACUUCUAUGGGUGCUGAGUGGCGCAGUGGCACGGGCUGAUGACUCCCAGUUCGAGACCCACAAAAGACUGCGCCACUUAGAGGAAGAAACAGCGCUUUUCCGUACCCCAAAAGUGGACUAUAAAUUCUGAUCUUCCUUCUAAGACUAUACGAUCCCUUUAUGGCCGGGUAGGAUAACACUUCGAUUCAACCUCUUGCUCUAUUUCCAUAACUACUAAUGAGACAACUACUACUACUACUACUACUACUACUAUUACUAUAACUGCAACUACUGCAUAAGCAAAGGGAAAUUCAGGACUCUUUAAGUGGAAACAAAUGCUUGAAAGAGUGCGUGUGCGUGUGUGUGUGUGUGUACCGACGCCCUUGUUACCAGAUGGCGCUUGAGAAUUCAUGAGUUAUCCCUUAAAGUUGUCCAUCUGGCGAGUAGAAAACGGGAAAAAUAGAGAAAUCGGAAGAGAGAGAGAAAAAGAGAGAGAGAAACUUCAAUGACAUAUCUUAGCACCUCAGAUCGUCUCGGUAGUAGGAAUUUCCCGAAUGUACGAGUAAUAUAAUACCACUAUAGCGUACCUAGAACUCUAUAUUUUGUCCGUACCAUAUUACGUAUCUAUACUAACAACCGCGGAGUCAGUCACCAGCUGUAGCAGUGCGUACAUAACGUAUAUACAUGUCAUACUACUCCUACUCCUCCUCCUCCUACUACUACCACUACUACUACUACUACUCUUACUACGUACUAAGUCGAUGUUAUAGAAGGAAGCAUAAUGAGUGUUGACAUGCUCGUAACAUGUUAGGUAGGUAGGGUGGCAGGAUCGGUUCCAUAAUGUGACGUGAAGAAGAUAACAUACAUAAGUAAUGCUAAUGGUAAUACUAAUAAUAAUACUAAUACUAAUACAUGGCGGUGUCUGUAUUUAUGAUUAUUUUCCAAGGCGCUCCAUCAACGGUGUGUGUGUGUGUGUGUGUGUGUGUGAGAGAGAGCGAUUUCACUUCUUUAUUUAUCUAUUUAUGAUGAAUGGGAUCCAACUGCAAGCCCAUGCCAGCCUUGAACCUAGUAAAAAGGGUUAAGUAGCCUCAUCGCCCUUCCUCUGCGACAGACGAUUUGAUUCCCUUGAACCAACUCUCUUCAAUCCCUUUUACGAGCUCGCAUGGAUUUAGCUGUUGGUUCUUUGGCGUGUGUGCGUGUGUGUGUGCGUGUGUGUGUGUGUGGUAGGGUAAGGUGGGUGCGUGCAUCAGUCACUAUCAAUAUUAAUCAUUCUUAUAGUCAAGGACGGAGCAGCCAGUCGUUAUUUAUAUAUUCCUCGAUGUCCCAAGGUCGUAGACAACCAAUAAGAUACACUAGGAUAUAAGUAUUAACGCAGGCAUGGUGUUUUCGUGUGUACGUGUGUGUGUGUGCGUGUGUGUGUGCGUGUGUGUGCGGCGAUCUUUAACCUAACCAGACCGUACACACACGUCCCUUCCCUCCCCCCGUGCGGAAACAAGCUGGGCCAGAGGAAACCUGUGGCCCUCCCCUCCCCUGGGCUUCUCCUCCCCCUCCCACCCCUCACCCUUGUACCUGGUCUCUGGUGUGCCCUCGUUCCACCCCCUCACCGCCCCACCGCCCCCCUACCCCCCUCCCAGCACGGCACGGGGGGGGAGGUUGAGCCCUGAUCGUGAAGAGACAACCACCCCACAACUCAGCCCGCGUGGCUCCGUUCUGCCGUGGUCGUCACCUAAUUAGUCUACUUGUCCAGUUUAGGCAGAUGAUGCACCAAUAAAAUUUAAGUUGAAUCUUAA